AUGGCCGCGCGGCUGCUGGAGGACAAGCUGACCUGCGCCAUCUGCCUGGGGCUCUACCAGGACCCGGCCACGCUGCCCUGCGGCCACAACUUCUGCGUGGCCUGCAUCCAGGACUGGUGGGGCCGCUGCGGGAAGGCGUGCCCCGAGUGCCGCCAGCCCUUCCCCGACGACGCCGAGCUGCGCCGCAACGUGGCGCUCAGCGGCGUGCUGGAGGUGGUGCGCGCCAGGCCCGCCGUGGACCCCUGCCCCGGCCCGGACCCCGGCGCGCGCUGCCCCCGCCAUGGGCUGCCAUUCGAGCUCUUCUGCCGGACCGAGGGCCGCUGCGUGUGCAGCGCCUGCACGGUGCACGAGUGUCGCCUCCACGAGCGGGCGCUGCUGGACGCCGAGCGCCUUGAGCGCGAGGCCCAGCUGAGAGCCAGGCUAGAAGUGACCCAAUGGCACACCACUCAGGCCGAAACCCAGCUGCAGGAGCUGCAGCAGCGAAGCAGCCAGAUCCAGAGCUUGGCCUGCACCCUGGCCUCCUCGGUCUCCAGCAAGUUCAGCAGCCUGCAGCAGGCCCUGGAGAUGCGGCGGGCCGUGGUGCUGAGAGACAUCGAGGUGGCCAAGACACAGGUGCUGGCACAGGCCCGGGAUGAGGAGCAACGGCUGCAAGGCCACUUGGAGGCCUUGGCUCGCCAUGGCCACAGGAUUCAGGAGCUCCUGGAGCAGGUGGAUGACAGGACCUUCCUGCAGGAAUCACAGCUCCUUGAGCCCCCAGGGCCUCUUGGACCACUGACCCCUCUGCAGUGGGAUGAAGAUCAACAACUGGGUGACCUGAAGGAGUUGCUAAGCCAGCUGUGUGGCCUCCUCCUGGAAGAGAGGGGCCGCCCCGGGGCACCAGCCAAGGCUGCAGACUUGAGCCCCAUGGAGGCCCCAGGGCCCCUGGCACCGGUCCCGAGCGCAGUGUGUCCGCUGAGGAGGAAACUCUGGCAGAAUUAUCGCAAUCUCACCUUUGACCCAGUCAGCGCCAACCGCCACUUCUACCUGUCCCGCCAGGGCCAGCGGGUGAAGCACUGUCGCCAGCCCUGCGGCCCAGCCAGGCCUGGCAGCUUCGAGCUCUGGCAGGUGCAGUGUGCCCAGAGCUUCCGGGCCGGGCAGCAUUACUGGGAAGUGCGCACCUCAGACCACUCGGUGACGCUGGGUGUCACCUACCCGCAGCUGAUGCGGUGCAAGCUGGGGCCCCAUACGGACAACAUCGGCCGUGGGCCCUGCUCCUGGGGGCUCUGCAUCCAGGAGGACAGCGUCCAGGCCUGGCACAAUGGCGAGGCCCAGCGCCUCCCAGGGGUGUCGGGGCGACUCCUGGGUGUGGAUUUGGACCUGGCCUUGGGCUGCCUUACCUUCUACAGCCUGGAGCCCCGGGCCCAGCCCCUGCACACCUUCCAUGCCCUCUUCACCCAGCCCCUCAUCCCUGUCUUCUGGCUCCUUGAGGGUAGGACCCUCACCCUGUGCCAUCAGCCCGGGGCCACGCUUCCUCCAGAGCCCCAGGAAGAGGCCUCAGCACCCAGCUGAGGAAGGCAUGGGCUGGAACUCGCUCAGGGCCAGGCGCCACCAUGCCUGUGUGCCCAAGAGCUGUCCAGCCCCGGCCUGGGGACCCAAGGCCACAGCUCGAAUGCUGUUGGCCUCUCUGUUGAUAGAGAGAGAGGUGGUGGGGGUGCCCCCAAACUGGAGGUGAACAUAAACUCAGAGUUCACCUUCCCAGCCUCUUUGAAGGGGGCAGGGACUAGGAGAAUGGGAAGCCCCCACCCCAAUGCUCAGUUCUAGGUGUUGCCUGGGCCUUGGAAGCUGGAGCACACACAGGGGCUUGUGGCUUACAGGACCAAGUGUGGGACAAUAAACGUGUAUCAGCUGGAGCUUGCCUCCCAGGGUGAUGACAUGGACCAAAGGAGCGAUCAGCGUGGGGAUGCAGCAGAAGGACCCCUAGAGACACGGGAUGUUAAAUAGAUGUCUGUCUCCUCCCUGCCUGUCUCUCUUUUUACUUCUUAUAACCUUUUGGUAUACUUUAGUCCUGGCUUGUUGUCUUUUAUUUUGGGCAUCCUUAUGGU